CAGCAUUAGGCCGCGACGCGUUCCCGGCCGGGCGGUGGUGGUAGCGGCAGCCCGAGCGGCUGCAGCGUUAGCUUUCGCCGGGGCGGUAGCCGCCGCCGGUAGCCCGCAGACGGAGGGUAAGUGGGGGCCCGCCCUGGCUGGUAGACCGCAGGGCCGGAGUUCCCGCCCUCCUAGCGGGCCGAACGGGCAGUGCCUCCGUGGCGGCCAGGCAGCGCUCUUGGUCUGGGCUCGCGCCCCAGCUGCCGCCGGCGACAGCGGCCGAGAGAAGUUGGGGUCCGAUUGGACGCGUGCAGGGCCCCAGAGGAACCAACCGGCCGCCUGCGCCCCGCCUCUCCGGGGGCUCCACACCGAUACUUCAGCUAUUACUUUGAUGUAUAACCUAUGGGCUCAAGAAAGCAAAGGAAGAACUAUGGCUAACCUCCAAGAGAAUGAAGCUGAUGAUUGAUUUACAGGAUGACUAAAUAUUAAUGGAAAGAGAGGUGUAAACCGCUCUUCUUUCACUAUGGAGGCUGGUUUGGCAGAUGGAGAACCUGACCGAACUUUGCUUCUUGGUGAUAGCAAAGAUGUCCUUGGGCCAUCAACUGUGGUAGCAAACAGUGACGAUACUCAACACCUGACACCAGGAAAGAUGAGUCAGCGCCCAGGGAAAGAAGCUUUUCCAACGCCAACCAAAGAUUUGUAUCAGCCAUCUUUUAGUCCAGCAAGUCCUCAUAGCCAGGGUUUUGAAAGAGGAAAGGAAGACAUUUCUCAACACAAAGAUGAAUCUUCCCUUUCUAUGUCAAAGAGCAAGUCUGAAUCUAAACUUUAUAAUGGCUCGGAGAAGGAUAGUUCAGCUUCAAGCAAGCUUACAAAAAAAGAAUCUCUCAAGGUACAAAAGAAAAAUUACCGAGAAGAAAAGAAAAGAGCCACAAAGGAGUUACUCAGUACAAUCACAGAUCCCUCUGUUAUUGUUAUGGCUGAUUGGUUGAAGAUUCGUGGUACUCUAAAGAGCUGGACCAAAUUGUGGUGUGUGUUGAAACCUGGUGUGCUACUGAUCUAUAAAACCCAAAAAAAUGGUCAAUGGGUAGGAACAGUCCUUCUGAAUGCCUGUGAGAUCAUUGAGCGUCCAUCAAAAAAGGAUGGCUUUUGUUUUAAACUUUUCCAUCCUUUGGAGCAGUCCAUUUGGGCAGUGAAGGGUCCAAAAGGUGAAGCAGUUGGAUCCAUAACUCAGCCCUUACCUAGCAGUUAUUUGAUCAUCCGAGCUACUUCAGAGUCAGAUGGAAGGUGCUGGAUGGAUGCUUUGGAGUUGGCUUUGAAAUGUUCUAGUCUUCUGAAACGUACAAUGAUCAGGGAAGGAAAGGAACAUGACCUGAGCAUCUCAUCAGAGAGCACACAUGUGACUUUGUAUGGCUUAUUACGUGCUAACAGUCUCCACAGUGGUGAUAACUUCCAGUUAAAUGAUAGUGAAAUUGAACGACAGCAUUUUAAGGACCAAGAUAUGUAUUCUGAUAAAUCUGAUAAAGAAAAUGAUCAAGAGCAUGAUGAGUCUGACAAUGAGGUGAUGGGGAAAAGUGAAGAAAGUGACACAGAUACAUCAGAAAGGCAAGAUGACUCAUACAUUGAACCUGAGCCGGUUGAGCCUUUAAAGGAGACUACCUACACUGAACAGAGCCAUGAAGAACUCGGAGAGGCAGGUGAGGCUUCUCAAACAGAAACUGUGUCAGAAGAAAACAAAAGCCUUAUCUGGACACUACUGAAACAAGUCCGUCCUGGCAUGGACCUAUCCAGGGUGGUUCUGCCUACAUUUAUUUUGGAACCCCGUUCUUUCCUGGAUAAACUUUCAGAUUACUACUAUCAUGCAGAUUUCCUAUCUGAGGCUGCUCUUGAAGAAAAUCCUUAUUUCCGUUUGAAGAAAGUAGUAAAAUGGUAUUUGUCAGGAUUCUAUAAAAAGCCAAAGGGACUGAAGAAACCUUAUAAUCCUAUACUUGGUGAGACUUUCCGUUGUUUGUGGAUUCAUCCCAGAACAAACAGCAAAACUUUUUAUAUUGCUGAACAGGUGUCCCAUCAUCCACCAAUAUCUGCCUUUUAUGUUAGUAACCGAAAAGAUGGAUUUUGCCUUAGUGGUAGUAUCCUGGCUAAGUCCAAGUUCUAUGGAAACUCAUUAUCUGCAAUAUUAGAAGGAGAAGCACGGUUAACUUUCUUGAAUAGAGGCGAAGAUUAUGUAAUGACAAUGCCAUAUGCUCAUUGUAAAGGAAUUCUUUAUGGCACAAUGACACUGGAGCUUGGUGGAACAGUCAAUAUUACAUGUCAAAAAACUGGAUACAGUGCAAUACUUGAAUUCAAACUAAAGCCAUUUCUAGGUAGUAGUGACUGUGUUAAUCAAAUAUCAGGGAAACUAAAAUUGGGAAAAGAAGUCCUAGCUACUUUGGAAGGACAUUGGGAUAGUGAAGUUUUUAUUACUGACAAAAAGACUGAUAAUUCAGAGGUUUUCUGGAAUCCAACACCAGACAUUAAGCAGUGGAGAUUAAUAAGGCACACUGUAAAAUUUGAAGAGCAAGGAGAUUUUGAAUCAGAGAAACUCUGGCAGCGGGUAACUCGAGCCAUAAAUGCCAAAGACCAAACAGAAGCUACUCAAGAAAAGUAUGUUUUAGAAGAAGCUCAAAGACAAGCUGCGAGAGAUCGGAAAACAAAAAAUGAAGAGUGGACUUGCAAGUUAUUUGAACUUGACUCACUCACAGGAGAAUGGCAUUACAAGUUUGCAGAUACUCGACCUUGGGAUCCACUUAACGAUAUGAUACAGUACGAAAAAGAUGGUGUUAUCCAGACCAAAGUGAAACAUCGCACUCCAAUGGUUAGUGUCCCAAAAAUGAAACAUAAGCCAACCAGGCAACAGAAGAAAGUGGCAAAAGGCUAUUCCUCCCCAGAACCUGAUAUCCAGGACUCAUCUGGAAGUGAAGCUCAAUCAGUAAAACCAAGUGCAAGAAGAAAGAAAGGGAUAGAACUGGGAGACAUUCAAACUUCCAUUGAAUCUAUAAAACAAACACAGGAAGAAAUUAAAAGAAAUAUUAUGGCUCUUCGAAAUCAUUUAAUUUCAAGCACACCUGCCACGGAUUAUUUUCUGCAACAAAAAGACUACUUCAUCAUUUUUCUCCUGAUUUUGCUUCAAGUUAUAAUAAACUUCAUGUUUAAGUAGAAGUCCUUUACCAUUGAAUCAAUGAACUGGAAUGAUCAUAUUUGGCCUGGGACCAAUGUUGAAGUUGCUUUGGUCUUUAUUAAAACAUCACAAUAUUUCUAAAACAGAAAACCUUAGAAAUAUAUGUAGAACUGUUGACUUUUCCUACCUUCUAUCCUUAACCCUGAAAUAAGAGCUAUUCUAUUUGGUUAUUAAAGUGAACUAUGUGUUAAGUGCCAGAACAUUUCUAGCUUUUGUGAGACUGUGUCUACAUGUGAGUAUAACAAAUCCACAUGUAUACACAAUUGUGUCUUAUGUAUACCUUACAGUAGUCUUUGUAGUCUAUGGUAUGUUCGUGUUAUGAAAUAUAUAGCAUUAAUGUCGUUCAUAACAAAAAUGCUAUCAAUCUUAUAAAUAUAUGUGUAGCAAUCUAUUUUCUUCAUAAAACCGGCACAAAACUUUUAUCAGUAAGGAAUUACAGAAUGGGAAAUGAUGGGAUAAUAGACAUAAAUAGUUCAAUGCACUGUACUGUUAAAAAAAAAUCAUUUCUAAAGCAUUCAGCUCAAUUGUCUUCUUAGAAACAGCAAAAAAAAAAAAUUGUGGUCAAAAUUGAUUUAUUGAGAGACAAGGUGGCAAACUGCUUUUAUCAAAAGUUUACACAAGAUUUUUUUUUAACCCCUAGAAUUUAAUAUUUAUAGAUACAGGUAUAAAUAUAUGUAUGUGUAUAUCAACAAAAAAAACUCUGGUUCUCAGAUCUACUGAUUAUAUCUUUCCUAUCAUACCUGUAUAACACCCCCUUAAGCACUUGCUGAAAAAAGUGUGGUCAAACUUGAUUGCUGUCCUUCUUUCUUUUUUUUUUUAAAAACUCGGUCCAAUAACAUAGGCCAAAUUUUAGAGAUGGAAUUAUAGGGUGUAUGAAAUGCUGAUAGUCAUGAUUUUUCAUUAUGAAAAACUUAUUUUAGCUUUCAUUUAGAUUCUAGUGUGUUCAGUGAAACAGUUGAAUAGAAAAUAUAUAUAUAACCAAUAUUUUACUUCAAAAGCCAAAAAGAGAAGGACGAUGAGAAAAGACACUUUGUGUGGUGGUAUUUAUGUGUACGUUAAAAUUGGUUUCUUUAAAAUGUGCAAUAAGUUGAGCAUCUAAGAAGAGCAUCAAGUUCUCAAGUUUAAUUCUCUGUUAUCCUCCUCUGGUCUCAGUAACUGCAGUCUGUGGCAAAACCACAAUUCCUCAAGAUUCCUUUUGUUCAGGCUCAGGCAAACAUUUUUCCUAAAUAUUUUUUUCAGUUUAAUGUUUUUCCUUUAUGUAUCUUAGAAUUCGGAAAGUAGAUUUUGAAAUGAAAAUGAAGGUCAGAGAGAAUAAUUGCUCUGGCUACACUUGCCUUCGACUAAGAAGAGACUGUGAGACACUAGUAAAAAUAUAAUCAAAUGUUUAUGCCAUGCUAAGUAUAAAAUCAAGGAAUGAUUGCUAAAUUAUGAAAACUGAAAAUGAUUAAAAGGGCCUGCUUUUUUCCACCUAACCAAUAUAGCUAUCUUAAAUAUCCUUAGAUUUUAUGAAGAGCUAUUUCCCCUGUAUUUUUGGCAAAACAAUGCUGUAUUCCAUAUGUACGUGUGAAAACAUUUUUUAAAUAGAUUAUACGUAAAUAACAUAUACCUACACCCAGUAUAAGUAUAGGUAUAAUAUGACUACACUAGAAUAGGUGGGUUUUUGUUUGUAUUUCAUACUUGUUGAUAUAAUUUUUACACUCACUUUCUGUUACCAAUGUUAUGCUCUACUGCCUAUUCAUUGAUAUAUAUUUUGUAAAUACUGUACGACUUGAUCCUUUUUUUAUGGUUUAAAUUAGUAUUAAUUUAUAUAAGUUGAUUGGCUGAUCACAAAAUAAUUUCAUUAUUAAACCCUGAAAACUUAUAUUUUUUGUUGGCAACUCCCCUUUGGGACUUUAGUCUUAUCCACUUGUAUGUUCCUUUCAUUUGGUCUAAACAGUGUUUUAUUUGUAUGGUUACCUUCUAAGACUGGAGAGGUAGUUAUUUACUUUUGUAUAUUUUCUUGUUAGGGCAAAUGUGUUAUGGGCUCUUAUUACUCAAGGAGUCAAAAACUAUUUCAUGAGAAAGAGCAGGGUUACUCAUGACUGUUUCUUAUACACUAAAAGCAUAUAUCUAAUCUAAUAGUCUUCUUAUGCUUUUAGUUGUGUGAGUUCCUUUCUGUGAAUUGAACACAAAACUCAGGAAUUGGUGGCUUAGUUUUAGAUCAGUGCUUAUACUAGGCUUAGUAUGUGAAUACUUUAAAACACAUAAUUAACUUUGUAUUUAGCCAUAUAUGUAGUUGACUUUGAAUGUUCUCCACCUGAGAUUAAUCUUCCUUCACAAUGGAUUCAUAAAAAUUGUGAUUUACAGUUCCCAGUUGUCUGAGAGCCUCAUGGUGGUUUUUAGGAUUUAAGACCUAUGACCAGUUUUUUCUUCAUUUGAUCAAAAAUUUUAUUUUUUCACUUGAAAAUUUAAAUGAGUAAUAAUUAUUGAUGUGUGCAUUUCUGUUUUAGUUGUUAAAUAUACUAUGCCUUCAGUUACCUACCAUUUAGUGAGACAUAGAUGGCCCAGGAAAAGAUAAUAAAUAGGGCAUGCGAAAUAAGUUUCAGCAAUAGAUAUUUUACUUAUAUUUCAUGUCAGUAUUUUCUUGUACUACUUAUACAGUGUAAUCUUUGUUACCAUUCCACUGAAACAAUUGGCCUUGUAAAAUAAAACCCUCAUUUAGUAUUCA